UUCCAACAGCGCCUGAGCAGCCUCUAAACCAUGAGAGAAACCACUGUGUGCUUGAGUGAGAUGGCGUGUGUAAUGUGUAUGAACAGCUCCGACAUUAACAUGGACAGAAAUGCAAAUAAAAAGAGAAACUGGAGGACUCGAUUAAGCCAUUUACUGAAGAAUUCUACUUCACCAAGGAAAAAGUUGAACAAGCCAACAGCUGAAGAGCUGGACCAGUGGGCCCAGUCAUUGGACAAACUGCUGAGUAGUCGAUAUGGGAGAAUCGCCUUUGAAGUGUUCUUGAAGUCAGAGUUUUGCGAGGAGAACUUACAGUUUUGGCUCGCCUGUGAAGACUUCAUGCAGAUCAAGUCCCCAAACAAACUUCCAUCUCGGGCCAGAAGCAUCUACGAGCAGUUCAUAAAAUGUGAAUCGCCGAAAGAGGUGAACCUGGACUUCUACACCAGGGAUGCCAUUGAACAGUCCCUCCACAACCCAACUCUCUCAUGCUUCCUUGCCGCCCAAACCAAAGUGUACAGCUUGAUGGAGAACAACUGCCAUCCUCGCUUCCUCCUCUCCUCUCUCUACAUUGACCUUCAAACAGCAGCAGCGAGGCAGAGGGAGACAUGUUUGCACAUCCACACAAAACCUACAGAGGACAUCUAUAGCUGAACCGACUAUUACAAUUUUGGGGAGCAUUUUACAAGAUAUCCUGCAAAGACUUAACCAGCAACUGCUGGACUUUUUGUCUGGUGUGACAUGCCAAAUAUGAGAUAUUGACUGUUCUGCUAUGAGAGGGAGAGAGCUCUCGAAGGACAUUUUCCCUCUGGUCACUGUUGAAUGUGGUCUGUGAUCAGUUGAGUUAUGGUUUGAGACGAGUAUGACCAGACAACAUGUAAUCCAGCAAACAGCCCUGCAAAAUGUGUUUUUGUAUAAUAAUAUGAUGACUUUAUUUAUUUAAUAUGAAGGAUUUCAAAGGUGACUUUAUGUAAAUAUCACUCAACAGUUGAGUCAGCCAAGAACAUGUGUUUUAUCUGUUGCCUUGUCAUAACUACAUAGAUGUAUGCUAUUUCCAUUGCACCAUUUGCCCACUUUCUUUACAUAAUGUGCCACAUUUAGAUCAAGAUAAACAGAGUUCAAGUUUACACUCACCAGGGUCAGUGGUAAUUGCUUGCUUGCCAGUGCCACUUAGGAGGAUACAAGGAGAGCUCCUUUUAUGGUUUCACCCACAAUCCUCCUGAACCUACUGAGGCAGCUGGACUGCCAGAGCACUUUUUGGGAUGAAAGAAGUUUUAUGUUUUGACCUGACUGUAUUUUUACCAUCAAUAAAAAUGUCUAAUUGUAAACAGA